CCCCGCCGUGGCUCCUCCCACCAGCAGCCGGAGCCAGGAAGCUGCGGUGGCCCCGAGGAAGUUCCACAAAAGUUUGAAGACGUGGUGCCACUCGCUCUCUCCGUGCCACUCGUCAAACAUUCUCCUGCCCGUGCGAAGGACAAGACGGUGCAAAGAUGUCCGUGGCGGGAAUUCGGAAGCAGUUUUACAAAGCCAGCCAGUUGGUGAGUGAGAAGGUCGGCGGGGCUGAGGGAACAAAGCUGGAUGAAGACUUCAAGGACCUUGAAAGGAGAGCAGAUGUUACCAGCAAAGCGUUCAUCGAUGUCGUCAACAAAACAACAGAAUACCUCCAACCUAACCCCGCCUCCAGAGCUAAACUGACCAUGCUCAACACCGUGUCCAAAAUCCGCGGGCAGGUGAAAAGUCCUGGCUACCCGCAGCCGGAGGGCCUGCUGGGGGAGUGCAUGAUGAAAUAUGGACAAGGCAUGGGGCCAGACAGCAACUUUGGUGGCGCUCUCGUUGAUAUUGGAGAGUCAAUGACGAUGCUGGCCGAGGCCAAGGACAGGCUGGAUAUUGACGUUAAGCAGAAUUUCCUUGAUCCGAUGCAAGGAGUGGUUGACAAGGACAUUAAGGAUAUUCAGCACCACCUGAAAAAAAUGGAGGGACGCCGCCUGGACUAUGACUAUAAAAAGAAACGCCAGGGUAAAAUACAAGACGAAGAAAUCAGCCAGUCCCUGGACAAAUUCUACGAGUCCAAAGAGAUGGCUGAGAGCUCCAUGCACCACCUGCUUCAGACAGAUGUGGAGCAGGUGAGUCAGCUGAGCUCUCUUGUGGAGUCUAUGCUGGACUACCAUAAGAGUGCCGCAAACAUCCUGGAGGCUCUUUCUGAAAAACUGACAAACAGGGUGUCUGAGAGUCAGUCUCAACCUAGGCGACAAUACACACCCAAGCCAAGACCGUCCUUUGACUAUGGCGACACCGAGCGAUCCAACGGAGGACCCUCGCCAGCCAUGUCCAGCCCUCCAGCUUACUCCCCAGAACCCCCACCACAUCCAGGUUCAUCCUUCCGACGCGGGUCGUUCAGGAACAGUGCGCCCGCCGAGCCGUGCUGCAAAGCCCUGUACGACUUUGACCCCGAGAACGAGGGCGAGAUGGGCUUCCGCGAGGGAGAUGUCAUCACUUUGGUCAGUCAAAUCGAUGAGAACUGGUUAGAGGGAAGGCUUCGUGGCAGGACGGGAUACUUCCCCAACAACUACGUGGAAGUGCUUGUCCCACUGUAACGGGUGAACACGUCGCACGGGAUAAAAGCAGGAAGGAGUAUUAUUAACCCAAUGUGGGAAAAACUAACCAUGUCAUUGAAUUGGCACUAGAACCCAUUGGGUCCAAUAUAACACCGUGUUAAAUUAUCAUAGAUUUCAUUUUAAAAAAGGACCAAAAUGCUAUUUUUGUGCGAUACCACACUCCGGUUUUUCAGCCCAUAUGCACCGGUGCACUUUUUACACUACUACAUUAUCACUUUUUCCUGGAAGAUUCCAGGUAACACUAAAAAAGUACAUCCACUUUCAUUUUAAUCUGAAUAUUUUGUCAUGGCAAUUCAGCUGUUUGAGCCGAUCCUAUGCUGCCACCUGGUGGCGGUUGGUUUGAACUACCACCAGUGUCUGAACUGGACUGUUGACAUCUUUUUACAGGAAACACUAGUGGUGAUAUGGGUGGAAUAAUUUACACAGAAUGUGUUUCGGUGUCAUUUCUGAAAUAAGUGACCGGUAUCUGUAAAAGGAUAUGCACAACUAUGCCGAAAAAAAGGUACUACAAAGUGCAAAGUUAUCUCCAAUCAGUCUCCGAUUAAUGCUAUUUCUACAGAAGGUUUUGCCUGUACUCAUGGAUAAUAUUGAGGUUAAAAUGUAAAAGCAUAACACCAAAACAUCCUCUUUGCAAUGCUGGCAUUGUCGCUUCCAACGUUGUCUGUGAGUAGUUUUUAUAAAGUUAGCCUUUUUUGUAUUUGACCUGAAAUUAGAAGCGUGUAAAUGAAUCCGAGGUGUAUCGGGGCCUUCUAGCACCGUCUCCAACCUUGGAGAAAUGCUCCCCUCUCCCCAAUCCAUUGUGCGGAGUGUUGACCCAACUCGAGCAAGCUCUAUCCACAAAGACUCUUUUCACUUCGCCCAUGACAUCAGGCGAGGGUCGACCCGGUCACCCAAAAUGCCAACUUUCUCUUCUUCGCCAGGGCGAUCCCCUUGUUAGUCUGCCAUCUCUAUUUGAAGCUGGACUGGAACAGACAGGCCUUUUCAGCAGGCAAAGACACCCAGUCGUGGAUUAUGCCCUCCCCCUCUCCUCUUUAUUCACCACCUGGCCCCUUUCUCAUUAUCCGCCCCCUACCCCAAUCCCCAUGAUGCCUUUUGGAACCCAUCUCUGGACUCAUCUCAUUUUUGUCCUACUGCAUGCCUCCUGUUUUCUUUCUUUUAUUUAAUCGUCUGCAGGGUAACACCUACAUGGUUCAGGUGUGUGUUUACAGGCCUCUCAAUACACUACAUGUAGGAAGUUGGGUACGGGGACGCUGAAGAUAAAUAAGGUCUUGGAACAAAAGGGCUUCGAUCAACUUUUGCGUUGUAAAUGCUAUGCAGCACUAGAUGAUGUGGCAUGUCCCUAAUAUCCUUAAAAUGUCACAUUUAAUGUUAAGUGUUAUUAAAGCUUUAUUUUAUUAUUAACCUCUUUGCAUGCAUUACUACGUUAUCUGUUUUGAAGCAAUGUCUUGUAACUGUGACACACCGGGACACUAGAAGUGGGAUUAUCCUGGAUUAUCUUCAGGAUAUGUGGAUUACCUCUUUGUGAUGUUUAUUUGAUGUAUGUAACGGGGAAUGAAGGCUGUACGUUUUGCUUCAUCAAAUAAAUGUGGUGUUUUAAUACUC